AUACUCCUCAACCAACCCUAGGUGCAAGCUCCCAAAUCCAUCACAAUUUCGAAUCGCUAAUUUCCAAAGAAGUUGAAGAUUUUCUCGAUUAAUCGGAGAUGCUGAGAGUAGCAGGGAGGAGGCUGUCUUCUCUCUCAUGGCUGUCUGCUCAGCCUUCGUCCGCCGCGCUCGCCUCCAGGAAUCCCUUCCCGCUCUCUGAUUCAUCCUCCAAUGGCCGCACCGCCUCCGUUUCUUCACCCGCCGAUUGCUUCAACUCAUUUCCCAGUCUUAUCCGAGGCUUUUCUUCUAAUGCCAUUGCUCCAGGACAGGAUAUUGGUUUGAUGUCUGAACUGCCUACAGUGGCAGCGAUUAAAAACCCUAGCUCAAAGAUUGUCUAUGAUGAGCACAACCAUGAGAGAUACCCACCUGGUGAUCCUAGCAAACGUGCAUUUGCGUAUUUUGUUCUAACUGGAGGGAGGUUUGUGUAUGCAUCACUGGCCCGUCUCCUGGUACUCAAAUUUGUUCUGAGCAUGUCUGCCAGUAAAGAUGUCCUUGCUCUUGCUUCCCUGGAAGUUGAUCUAUCCAGCAUUGAACCCGGGACAACUGUUACUGUGAAGUGGAGAGGAAAGCCAGUUUUCAUAAGGCGCCGUACUGAAGAUGAUAUCAAUUUGGCCAACAGUGUUGACCUCGCCUCCCUUCGUGAUCCACAGGAGGAUGCUGUUAGGGUUAAGAAUCCUGAAUGGCUUAUUGUUAUUGGGGUGUGCACCCAUCUGGGUUGCAUUCCUUUGCCAAAUGCCGGUGACUUUGGAGGUUGGUUCUGCCCGUGUCAUGGCUCUCACUAUGACAUAUCUGGUAGGAUCCGUAAAGGACCUGCACCAUACAACCUAGAGGUUCCCACAUAUUCCUUCCUGGAGGAGAACAAGUUGAUGAUCGGAUGAGAAGUAACUUUGUUCUUUUUUUUCAUUUCCUGCACCAAGAGCCAGAACCCGGAAGAUUUUAUAAUCUUUUUAUGCUUGUUUGUAAGUUGUAAUUUCGUCUUUAAGGAUGCCCAGUCAUGCUUCAUUUGACUUGGAACAGGGGCUCAUGUUUUUUAAAUAAUGCUGGCAACUUUCUCUUUAUUCUACCUGUAAACAGUUGGUUUCUGAUAUUAUGAUCUUUAGAAACUCUUUGUUGA